AUGCCGAGGAAAUGGACUGAUUUUAGACCUAUAAGCCUAUGCAAGUGCCUUUAUAAAAUCUUCUCUAAGAUCAUUGCAGUUCGUCUCAGUGACUUUCUCCCCGUCCUAAUUUCUCCAGAACAGGGGGUGUUCAUCAAAGGAAGAGCUAUCUUAGAAAAUAUUGCUCUUGCCCAGGAAUUGUUAAGAGAGGUGAAUAGGAAAAACAGAGGUGGAAAUGUGGUGCUAAAGCUAGAUAUGGAAAAAGCAUACGAUAAAUUCGACUGGAACUACCUAAAACAAGUUUUGCUCCAUUUCAGUUUUUGCGACAGAUGGGUACAAUUAGUUGAAAAUUGUUGGGCUUCCUGCUGGUUCUCCGUUCUCAUUAAUGGGGAAUCGACUAGCUUUUUCGAAUCCUCUCGCGGGUUGAGACAAGGCGACCCUCUUUCCCCAAGUCUCUUCAUUUUGGGGGCAGAUGUAUUGAGUUGUGGCCUCCAUAAUUUGAUGUCUAAUGGCGGCUGCCUUCCUUUCUCACUAGGGAGGGGUUGCCAACGGAUUUCUCACCUCCUCUACGCAGAUGAUACCCUCUUAUUUCUGAACGGUGGACGAGCUUCUAUGAGGAAAAUCGUGGCUCUGUUGGACGAGUACCAAUCUGCUUCGGGGCAACUUAUUAACAAAGGAAAAAGCUCCUUCCUCUGCUCGAAUAAGAUCCCAGUGUCCAGGAUUCAUGCCAUCAGCUCCUUACUUAGAAUUGCCAGAUCCACCGGUACGUUUUCCCACCUGGGAGUUCCUCUAUCUGUUGGUAGGCUGAAAUCCUCUGCCUUUCAGCCUUUGGUGGACAAAGUCAGGGGUCGUAUCAAGGGUUGGACAGCCAGAAUUUUGUCUCAAGCAGGGAGAAUGGUCCUUAUUAAGCAUGUUCUGAGUAGUAUCCCUAUUCAUUCUAUGGCUGCCUCUUGCAUUCCAAAUCAGGGGUGGAGUGAAGGUAAAAGAAAGUUACAUUGGAAGAGUUGGAAAACUAUCUCUAUGCCCAAGGAAGAAGGUGGUCUCGGCAUCAGGAAACUUGCUGACAUGAUGCAAGCCUUUAACAUUAAAAUGGCUUGGGUGCUAAAAUUUCACAAAGAUUCAAGUCUCUGGGCCUCUUUCUUGGCUACUAAAUAUAACUUCUCCCACGAACCGAUGAGGGCUGAUCUCAUUCAAAGAAGAGCUUCCCCCUUCCUUAAGCAGAUCCUUUCUAAAUUUGCACUCAUUGAUGACAAGGUCCAAUGGAAUGUUGGCGUGGGUGAUUGUAAUUUUUGGCAAGCGAAUUGGACAAGCCUUGGCCCCCUUCAGAACUUUCUCUUAUCAGAUGUUGUAGCCACAGUCCAGCCCCUAAAGGUUAAUCAGGUGUUGGGUCCCUCGGGUCCGCUUCCGCCAUCAAUUGCCCUCUCCAUGCUCCUUAAUGAGGUGACUGAUUUCAUCUUCCACCAUGGUUUCUGCAUCUCUGCUGAACCCGAUUAUCCCCUGUGGCCUUUCACCUCUUCAGGUUCCUUUUCUGUCAAGACCGCUUGGAACGUCAGCAGGCUAUCUGGCCCCUCAAAGGAAUGGGCGAAGUGGGCGGGGAUCUCCAUCAUGCAAGCGUUAUCAGUUCAAUCCAGAAUCAUACAAUGGAGAAGGGUCUGUGCUGGUAGGAGAAUCCAGGGGAAGCGUCAUCUUUACACUCCUGCAUUCAUUUUGUGGGAGCUUCGGAAGUUUAGGAAUGGGGCUUUUUUCGAUGAUAGGCUGAUGAACCACCAGUCAAUCAUAACUAAAGUUCUUUGGUGGCUAUCUUGUGACAAGGAGGAGGUGGCGAGAUUCAGGUUCUCCCAGUGCCUCCAAUCUGCGGAUGGGCUUCAUUCGGUUAAAAAUUCCUGUCGUAAUCAAUUGUCGCCAACAGUCAUCCGAUGGCAGAAACCACCCACUGGUUAUGGUCUUAUGACAAACACCGGUGCUGAGUUUAAGGCAGUUCAUGAUGGACUCUUUUUGUGCUUGGAGAAAGGUCUCUCCCAAAUCAUUGUCGAAUCGGAUUCGGAUAUGGUGAUUAAGGUUUUCAAUGAGGGGGCCAAGAUUGGUUGGGCUAGGAAAGGUUGGAAAACCAUUACUGACAGGCUCAAUCGGCUUGCUUCGGUGAAUUUUAAGUACACUUUUAGGGAGGGCAACGGCAUGGCGGAUGGCCUUGCUCGCGUGGGAACUUCUUGCUUAAGAAGACCAGCGCUUAUGAAUGUAUUUCUCGGCUCUUCUUCUGUGCCCAGAUUUACUUCUCACAAACUAUCGAUCGUCGGCUACCCCCCAUCUUCCAUCUGCUUCGGAGCUAUCUUGGGAUGCUAA